AUGCUGGGCGACUGGCCCGAGUCGCCCUCCCAGACGGUGCUCUACGCCGACGAGAUCGCCGCCGUCCGCGCCGUCCUUGGGAGGGACGUCCGCGAGGAACGCGUCGUCGCCGCGCUGUCUCGCUGCGGUGGCAACGCCGAGCGCGCCAUCAACGCGCUCCUCGAUGCCGCCGACGGCGGCGUCGUGGACGGGACGCACACGAGUGGUUGCGGCGGCGGUGCUGCUGCUGCUGACAAGACCGCUGUUGCUCCGGUGAAGGCGGAGCGUGACGCUGGUGGCGCCGCCCCGAAUAAGCCUCGGGUGAAGGUAGAAGUCCUCGACGACGAUUCGAACGGCUGCUCCACGAAGCCUCGGAUGGUCAAGAGAGAGGUACCCGAUGAUUGUCCCGUGAAAGAGCCGUCGUCGACGCCGCAUCGGGUCAAGGAGGAACAGAGAUGCGACGGCGUCCCGCCCAGGAGAGGCGCGGCUACGGCGGCGGCGAGCGGCGGUGGCAUAAGCCUCGUGCCGAGGCCCAAGAAGAGGUCCCGUGUCGGCGACGAGGUGGAGACCAUCGACCUCACGGCGACCCACCCGCUGCCGUAUCUCAACGCGCGGCCGAUCCGGGCGGUGCCGCCGCCGGAGGCCAUGGAGAUGUACGACCCGCCACGGUCGGUCAGGGCGACCGCGCCUCCGCCGUCCAAGGAUUGGAGGAUGGUGGUGGCGCCGCCUGAUGCCGAGUUCGGCGAGUUCCCCGAGGAGCGGGACUGGUUCCUCGUCGGGAGGUCCUAUGUCACCGGGCUGUCCACCAACCGCGGGAGGCGGAUGCUGGACGCCGGCGAGCUCGUCCAUUUCUCGUUCCCCUCGUUCGAGAGGAACUAUGGCGGGAUCAAAGUCUCCAACAAAAAGGCCGCUGCUUUGGCCGAGAUCGUGCGCUUCUCCACCAAACGAGCCGGAGAGAUUGGGAAGCUAUCUCCAGAAUGGACCAAGUGCCUUGUGCCAUUAGUGACCUCAUUCAAGGUGAAGAUCCAUGGGAAGAUUGUGUUUCCAACGGUGGAGUUGAGGCUGAUGCAGGAGAUUAUGUUGUAUGUUAGCUUCUACAUCCACCGUUCUGUAUUCAGCGCAGGCCGCGACAACUCAUCCUGGGACAUGCUUGCUCCUGCAAAUGCUGAUUAUUCUACCAACCCUCUCUAUGGCCUGUUCAGAUUGCUCAAGCUAAGGGCAUUUGCCAAGGCUGAUAUAACUCCUGAGGAGCUCAGCGCAGGAAAGAGGCCGCGGAAUCUAAGGGGUGAUGACAAUGAUGAAGAUGAACCCAUGGGUAUAGUUGGACUGGAAAGCAGACGCACAGCUGGCCAAACAUUUCCAGAGCAAGGUACUGAUGAGCAGGCUAUUUCAGAGGCUACGUUGAACAAAAUUGUCGGCACUGCUGAAACAUAUGACUUGGAGGAAGCAGAGCCCCCAAGCACUCUUGUCUCUGUUCUAAAACCAUACCAGAAGGAAGCUCUCUUCUGGAUGUCCCAAUUGGAGAAGGGUAUUGAUGGUGAUCAAGCCAAAAAAACACUUCAUCCCUGCUGGAGUGCCUACAAAAUUGUCGACAAGAGAGCUCCUGCUGUGUAUGUGAAUGUUUUCACUGGCCAGGCAACAACCCAGUUUCAAAGUGUAACUCAGUCAGCGAGAGGAGGGAUACUGGCAGAUGCAAUGGGUCUUGGUAAAACUGUCAUGACUAUUGCCCUAAUACUCUCAAAUCCAAGGGGUGAAAUAGAACACGAUAUGAGGAGUUCUAGAGAUCGUGACACGAGGGCACAAAGUUCGAGAUCCCCUGUAAGAGGAGGCACACUCAUAGUCUGCCCAUUGGCAUUAUUAGGUCAAUGGAAGGACGAAUUGGAUGCACAUUCAACACCAGGAGCUCUUUCUGUGUUUGUCUACUAUGGUGGUGACAGAACAGCUGACCUCAGAUUCAUGGCUGAGCACAGUGUUGUCUUGACAACCUAUGGUGUUCUUCAAUCAGCUCACAAGAAUGAUGGCAGCAGUGUCUUUCACAGGAUAGAUUGGUAUAGAGUUGUGCUAGAUGAAGCACAUACAAUCAAAUCUCCCAAAACCAAGGCGGCCCGAGCAUCUUUUGAAUUAACUUCUCAUUGCAGAUGGUGCCUCACGGGUACACCAUUGCAGAAUAGUUUGGAGGAUCUUUUCAGUCUUCUUUGCUUCCUACAUGUAGAACCAUGGUGUGACUCAACUUGGUGGAAUAAGCUGAUUCAGAAACCUUAUGAGAAUGGUGACGAGAGGGGAUUGAAACUUGUCAGAGCUAUUCUUAGGCCACUCAUGCUGAGGAGAACCAAGGAAACAAAAGACAAAAUGGGAAAUCCCAUACUAGUCCUCCCUCCAGCUAAUAUUGAGGUUGUGGAGUGCGAACAAUCUGAAGAUGAACGUGAUUUUUACGAGGCCCUUUUCAGGAGGUCAAAGGUCCAGUUUGAUAAAUUUGUAGCACAAGGCAGUGUUCUUAGCAACUAUGCUAAUAUUCUCGAGUUACUUCUUCGGCUAAGGCAGUGCUGUGACCACCCUUUUCUUGUGAUCAGUCGAGCUGAUACCCAGAAGUAUACUGACCUCGACGAGCUAGCACAGAGGUUUCUUGAAGGGGUGCAGCGUGAUUCUGGAAGACGCAGCGCGCCACCUUCGCAGGCGUAUGUCGAAGAGGUCGUUGAAGAAAUUCGCCAGGGUGCAACUGCUGAGUGUCCAAUCUGCCUUGAGUCAGCUUCUGACGAUCCAGUCCUCACGCCAUGCGCACACCGGAUGUGCCGGGAGUGCUUGCUCUCUAGCUGGAGGACACCAGCUGGAGGGCCAUGUCCACUGUGCCGAAACCCCAUCACAAAAUCUGAGCUGAUCACAUUGCCUAGCCAGUGCCGGUUCCAGGUUGACCCUGAGAAUAACUGGAAGGACUCAUGUAAGGUGCAGAAACUCAUCAUGAUCCUGGAGGGCCUUCAGAAGAAGAGGGAGAAGAGCAUUGUGUUCAGUCAGUUCACUUCAUUCUUUGAUCUGCUGGAGGUUCCCCUCAAUCAGAAAGGAAUCAAAUUCUUGAGGUAUGAUGGGAGACUCAGCCAGAAACACAGAGAAAAAGUUCUGAAGGAGUUCAGUGAAAGCCAGGGCAAGCUGGUGUUACUAAUGUCACUCAAGGCUGGAGGUGUUGGACUGAAUCUAACUGCUGCCUCCAACGUGUUCAUAAUGGAUCCAUGGUGGAAUCCUGCAGUGGAAGAGCAAGCUAUCAUGAGAAUUCACCGGAUCGGCCAAAAGAGAGCUGUCCAAGUCAGGCGCUUCAUUGUCAAGGAUACUGUCGAGGAGCGGAUGCAAAAUGUGCAGGCGCGCAAGCAGAGGAUGAUUUCUGGGGCCCUGACCGACGACGAAGUUCGGUCUGCGCGAAUCGAGCAACUGAAGAUGCUGUUUACUUGAGCCUGGUCAUGAGUUGCUGGAUGUUGUACAGUUCAUGUUUUGUGCCCGAGACUUGCUAGGGUUUAGGAAAAAUGACCCAAUGUUUUAGGGUUUAGAGUGCAGACUUGUAAAGGGGAUGGAAUGGGUGCAACUAUGUGCCCAUUCAUUUUUGUGGAUAUAUCCCCAUUCUGGUCUGAACAUUUUGUAUAUAGUGGUCUCUUCUGAACAUGAAGGGCCUUCUAGUCCACAACACUUCCAAAUCCUAUUCUGUUUCCAUGAAGGGAAGGAGCAAACCAUUAUUGAGGCUAUUCUUCAUCCUUGGUAUGUA